AUGUUUAGCCAAUUUGUUUCGUGCGCUACUACAUUGUAUGGCAAGCAUCCAAGUUUUGAGUUUGGUUCGGUUAUCGUUGUAGAGCGCGUGUCGGCUCUGCCCUUAACGUCAAAGAUAAUUAUUGUAUUGUCUGAUGACUUGACUGUCGAAACACAAUCGUGGUUGUGUAAGCAGAAAAGUGCGCAUGUUGUUUCCCUCGAAAGUGCUCCUGCCGUGGUGGAUCACAAAAAGCUUCAUAUUUUGAUGUUGGGUGUGCUAACGUCUGGAAUCUAUACUUUUACCUCAAAUGCUCCACCGCAAUUGGGGAAAACAAGUUUUGCCCAACUUUGUGCUGCCAUAAAAUCCUGCAAAUUCAUAGACUCUGCUGUUUGUGAUGUGGGAGCGCCGUACUCGUGGAUUGCUGAAGACGGAAAAGCGAAUCUUCAGCAAGCUUUCUCAACUACCUUGAUGCGUCGCCUCUGUUGA